AUGCGAACAGUGCUGAGGCUGCGAUGCGCAGCAGACAUGAGCUAUGUUGAUGAGAACGACCUGAACAGGAUUGGCAUGAGCAGGCCUGAGCAGAAGCGACUGAAAGCUGUCUACUGCCGCAGAUUCUCCAAGCUUUCCAUCAUGGGAAAAUUGCGGCAAAAGAUUCUUGGCAAAGCGACUUUAAAAAGAUCUGAACCGGUGACAAUUUGUGGACGACCGGAGCAGCAUGUUAUACCCAUCGAAAAUAUCACUUUAUCAAAGCAGCUUGGUAAAGGCGAAUUUGGAUCAGUUCAUCAAGCUGCGUGGUAUAAUUCAAACACAACUGAGCAGAUACAGGUCGCCGUCAAGUGUAUCUUACCUGAAAAGCUGUUUGCAAGCCCAUUGAAUUUUUUGCAAGAAGCAGCUAUUAUGCAUAAAAUGCGGCAUGAAUGUGUAGUGAGGCUUUACGGUGUAGUUUUGGACACUAAAGCUGUCAUGCUGGUAUCCGAGUUAGCUCCAUGUGGCUCUUUGCUGGAGUGCGUCCAAAAUCCCGCUCUUCGAGAAACAUUUUUUAUCGACACUUUAUGCAAAUUUUCGAUGCAAAUUGCACGUGGUAUGGAAUACUUAGCAAACGAAAGGCUAAUUCAUCGCGAUCUUGCAGCUCGCAACGUGCUCGUUUUUUCUGCUGACAAGGUAAAAAUCUCGGAUUUUGGUUUAAGUCGUUCGUUGGGUAUGGGUGAAGAUUAUUAUCGAAGUGAAUUUUCCGAGGCAGUGCUAGCGGCGAUAGACUACCCAAAUUUGCAACGGCUGGAAUGCCCAGAUGCGUGCCCUGUUGAAAUGUAUAAUCUUAUGAUGCAGUGCUGGGCUCAUAAGCCGGAAGAGCGUCCAUCGUUUAACGAUAUCUUGCAAGAACUUCCUGAUAUCAUUCCUCAGUCGCUGGUAACAGUAACAGCUUGCAGUGACGGAAUCAUUGAUCAUCUUCAGCCAAAUGAAACUGUUGCAAAGCUUGCUGUCGAACUGCCAAGCAACAAAUGCGAGCAGACGUUGACUCUUCUUUCUUGCGCAAAACACCCUAAAAUUUCUUCUCGUGGGAAGGAGGAGCAUGAAAAAAGGGCUCUGAAAAAAUUGCUAAUCAGUGAACCACAAGGAGAUGUUCGUCAUACUUGUCAUAUCGGAGCCGAUGGAACCGUUUUCGGCCUAUUCCAGGUAUACGUUUAUGUGACUGAAAAAGCGGAUGUGACGAUAUUUAUAACGAGGUAG